AUGGCGGAUAAAUGGGAAAGUAAUCACGAUGAUGGAAAAAAUUCAGCGAGAGUACAGUAUACAGUCAAAAAUGAACCAAUGGAUACAGACUUUCCGGAAGAAGAUAAUUCUCCACCUGCUUUCGGACCUGCCGCACUUGGUCUUCAUAGAGUUGGCACAAAGUUACCGCCAAAACCCGCGCCUAGCGAACCAGUACAAAAACUUAAUGCUCGGGGUAUGCCCGCUCGUAUCAGAAAGAAAAACAGAUUUAUUUUUGUUGAUGAUUUUGUGAAUACGUCUCCACCUCGCCGGGCACCUAAAGUGCUGGCUAAAACUCCAAAUAAACCACCAAGUGCUAAAAAGCAGAAGACACCAACAAAAAGCCAGAAAAAUGUUGAUAGAUUUGAAGAAAAACCUACAACACCUGGAAGUCAGUCACCAGAUCGAAAAAGUGGCCAAAGAAUAGGUAUGAGACUUAGAAAUUUAUUAAAAUUACCUAAAGCACAUAAGUGGGUUUGUUUUGAAUAUUUUUAUAGUAAUAUAGAUAAAGCCCUGUUUGAUGGAGAAAAUGAUUUUAUGAUUUGCCUUAAAGAGUCUUUUCCACAAUUAACAAAUCGCAAACUUACUCGAGUUCAAUGGGCAAAAAUACGUCGAAUGAUGGGGAAACCUAGAAGAUGUUCUCAAGCAUUUUUUGCAGAAGAGCGUAAAGAACUUGAAAGAAAAAGGAAAUUAAUAAGAUAUAUUCAACAAAGGAAAACAGCAGAUAUUUGUGUUAAAGAUUUACCAAAUGAAAUUCCUAUGCAAUUGGUAGUUGGUACUAAGGUUACUGCAAGAUUGCGCAAGCCUCAAGAUGGACUAUUUACAGGCUGUAUUGAUGCUGUAGAUACAUCUAAUAAUACUUAUAGAAUAACUUUUGAGAGACCUAAAUUGGGAACACAUUCUGUCCCAGAUUAUGAAGUAUUGUCUAAUGAACCGCCUGAUACUAUAAAUCUUUCAUCUGUAACACAGAAGUUUAGGCCUAGAUAUGUUAUGCAAGAAAUUUUUAAUUUAUAUCAACCUUCAGUACCUGCUAAUAUUAAUAGUCAAGGUGAUCCUAUGAUUGGCUGUAGUGAAAUAUCUAAACACAUGGACUCAAAUAUUGGCAGUUUUCCCUUUGCGCUACUGGAAUUGAUAGUGAAAUUAGCAAAGAUAUUGCAGGCUAAAAAAAAUAAAAUAAAUAGGUUAAAAGAAUACAAUAGUGAAGCUGAGAAAAGAAAACCUUUUGGUCAGAAAUUACCUGAAGAUUUUGAAAGAAAAUAUGCUGCUGUUGUUAUUGAUCUGGAGAGAAUGAAUAUGGAUUUACAAGAAUAUAUAAAUCAAGUGCAGCAGUACUGUCAACAAAUUGCACCUGGUCCUAGUUUGGCUGCCAUGCUAGCACCCUCUCACCUGAGAGAAAAAUGUCGUGAAGAAGCAGCUAUGCUUGUAGAAAAAAAUAAUAAUGGUUAUUUAAAAGAUGCAAACAUCAUUGAUCUCAUUACAGAUUUAACUGCUUUAAUGUUGCAAGUAAAAAGUUUGUCUGAUUCUGAUCAAAAUGCUUAUGAAUUAAGUGUUUUGCAAGGUACUAUGGAUCAGAUUAAAAUGAAGCUUGAGCCUCAGCACCAGAGAUUAUUUCAAAAUAAUGUAGAGAUUCACAUGCAGAGGAUUCAAAUGGGCUUAGGGCAAAUGUCAUCUAACAGUUAUGUUGCUGGCACAUAA